AUGCAGUAUAAGACACUUGCCAUGCUCUGUGCCACUGCGGGAUUCGCGAAGCAAUCGAAACCGCUAGGCCAACCCGCUUGGCUCUCAUCCAUGAUAUAUGACAGCGCCUUUGCUGAUUCUGUUGCGCUUGAGGAGGAGGCUGGUACCAUGCCUGCUUGGUGCAACAAUCUUCCAGUGAGCGUGUUGGGAUUUUUCUCCCACCGAGAUGCGGUAAUCGCCUCCUACUUGGGUGUUGACGGAGCUACUACCACUCAAAGUGAUACGUUCACUUCCUAUGGAUCUAUCGCUACAGCCACUACUACAACUGUCACUACAGCCGUAGAAACUGGCUCCUCAAACACUCACCCAAUCUCGGUUUCAACUUCUACUGGUGGAUCCCCUGCUGCCACAGGUGCUCUUUAUAUGAGUCUUGCCGGUGCAGCUGGAAUCCUUGGGUUUUCUCUUGCCCUCUAA